UGAUGCGUGAUCAUUGUUUAUUUCUGUAAGUGAAUGUCAUGCUGUGUAGUCCCUACAUUUACUUUUUCGUGGAUGUAUCGCGCUGAAAAACCAGCGGGUCACGAGAAUUGUAAGAAAAUAUCAUAGUAUACAAAAAAAAAUAUAAUGCGACAGCUGCUCUCUCUGGUAAACGUUAAUGGAAAACCUAGUGUUCACUCGCUGUGACGUGAUCAUUUCGACAUCUAUCACGUACAUGCGUGAACAUAUGUAAAUAAAAACAAAUAAUGACUGAAUUAUUUCUAUUGUGUUGAGAUUGUGCAGAAGUAUAUGCAGUCAACAAUGGAAGGUAUUAAUGACAUGGAACAAUUUCUUACUGAUGAAUGGCAUGAAAUUGCUGAACUUGUACAAGAAGAAGAAUGCGUAGUUUACAUAGACAGCUUGAUGAUUGAGUGUUUGCAUUGGUAUACUGGUGGCAAGGUAUACUCGUUCUUUAAGAAUGCCGGAGCAAUUGCAGUUUAUCAAUUGUCUUCUGAAUUUUCUGAAAAUAUCGAAGUAAAGAACUGCAAAAAGGCAAUUAUCAUUUCAGCCAGUAUUGAUAGAUGUGAGAUUGAAACGAUACUUACAACAAUAACACUGAAAAAUGCAUUUGAACAUAUUACGAUUGCCUGUCCGGGUAUUCCGGAAAUACAGGAUUAUAACAGAGAAAAGGUGAAAAUAUUCCCACAUUCAAUUUUCCUUAACCCAAUUGACAGUGAUUUAUUUCUGAUCCCAUCGUUUGCUGAAAUUGUUCCAUCAUUAACUGAUAUGUAUCUCACGACAACAAGUAAAGAAACUAUAAAUAAUCUCAAGGAUAAAAUUGAAACGUUUGUAAAUUUAUUAAACGAAUUGUUCUUUCGCCUAAACGUGAAAGAGGAUAUUUAUUUUAUGGGCGAAGUCAGCAAAUAUAUCGCUGAUAUGCUAGAGAUGUUACCGGCAGCCAUUGAUCGCAGAAAUAAUGUAAUGAGUCCCAAAAAGAAAGGAGUAUCUUUAAUCUUCGUCGAUAGAGUGUUGGACCUUUGCACUCCUACUAGCAACAAUACCGAAUCGUUACUAUCUAGGAUACUUUGUACUUUGCCUCCUUUACCCGAUCACCACAACGACGUCGCGAUAGAUAUGUCUCCCUUAUUUCAGAAUCUGCAGGAUUCAGAUUCUGAAAAGAUACCAGGAUGUCUGGCCAGUAACAGAACCUUAAUAAAUACAUUGAUUACAAAAAAUCAGAAAGAUGUGUUGACCACUUUGAACGAUAUGCUCGUCGAUAUACUUUCAACGAAAGAGAAAUCGAAACUGAAAGAUAGCUUAAAAUUGAAGCCGGCGACGAGAAUUUCAGCUCACAGUUUGGAGAAACUUGUAAAUAAAUUCAAAGAGGUGCAUGAUCUUCAUACCAUAUUGGAAUCGAGCAAUAAACUUCAAAUAGUAUUGGGAAUUAUACAGGCUUUAACGUCGAAAAAAAUGUCACAAUUAGAGUUACUGAUCAGUCUCGAGAAACUAGUUUUGCAAAAUGUAGCUGUAAGUCGUUACUCUACGAGUGUGCUCGGACAACUCAGUACUAUAAUAAGAACGCGGAACAAGCGAGGCCUAGAUACGGACAAUAUAUUCACACUUUUGGUGCAUAUCUACGCGCUUGCCGGGACUGAAAUAGUGUUCUCUUUCGAACAAGAACAACAGUUGAUCGAUGCCAUCGCCGACGCUUUAUUGGAAGACAAUAUAUCAUUAGCCAAUGAUUUUCAUGAAAAUCUCUACAUGGAUUUAUCGAAGUAUCAAACGUAUAUAAACAAAUUAACACGUAAAGGCAAGAACGAUCAAACAUUAGAUAAGGAAAAGAUUGUAAAUCACGCAAAAGUCAUCAUGAAGAGAUUGCACACAAUAGCACAGCAACGUAAUUCUCUACAAGAUUACAGUUCUUUGAUAUCCAAAUCGAGUUCUCAAGAGAUUGUUCGACGUAUUGGUAUCUUGCAACAAUUGCUAACAGACGUGCUUCACCCGGACAGACCUGAGCUCUCCGAUUUACAUCACAGUUCAUCUUCAUUUAUUUCGUCUAAAUUGAAUUUGUUCAAAGAAAAAGCAAUACCUCAUCCAUGUGACAAUUCAUGGAUCAUUGUUUAUGUUGUUGGAGGCAUAACAGCAGAAGAAGUGAGAGAAGCCAGAGAAAUCAUAUCGUUAUUUAAUCCAAAAUGCAAAGUAACAAUAACAAGUUCAAUAUUUUUAAAGCCAACCGACAUAACAUUCAAGUAUCUUCUGUUAGAUGAUGAUUGUUAUUAAAAAUUGUCUGUGAUUUCUCUUUGGAACUAAAUGUUUGUAUGUAAGCAGCACUUUAAGAAAUCCACUUUAUACCUGAAUCAGAAAUUAUACACUGAACCU